AUGUCAACCAAUAACAUAAUAGAAGGUGAUGAAGACACCAAAACCACCAUAACAAACGAAAGCAAUACCGAUAAUAAUAAUAAUAAUAAUGAUGACAACAAAAAUAAUACCGAAAAUACAACCUCACCUACCAACAAUAAUAACACCAAUGAUAACGAUAACAAUAGUGAUAAUAAUAAUAAUAAAAACAACAACAACAACAACUCACAAGUUACAGAAGAACAACAAGUUACACUUGAAGAUAGUGGAUCAGAAGAUGAUAUAAACUUUGAAGAACAUGAAUUAUCUGAUAGUGCCGAAGAAGAUGAAGAUGAAAUGGAAGAUGAUGAUGAGGAUGCUGAUGGAAGACAAAAUCAAAAUCCUAAUUCAGCUGGUGGUAAAAGAAGAGGUAGACCAUCAAAAGUUCAACAAUCAACAAAUACACAUUUAUCACAAACUACACCAGAGUCACCAACUAUAUUUACACCGGAUGGAAAAGUACCAAAACGUAUUUCAACAUCAACAAAUAAUACACCAAACACUCAAUCAGCAUUAAAAACCAAUAAAAGACCAAGAUUAACAUCAGAUGAAGAAAAAGAUCUAAUGUUAUCUGAAGAAAGUGAUGGUGGUGUUGGUGAAGAUGAUGAUUCAAUAAUGUCUACAAAUGAUAAACCACAAGAUGAAAACCAAUCAAAUCAAAAUCAAAAUAAUAAUAACAAUAAUAACAAUAAUACCACUACUACAACUACCACCACUAACAAUAGUAAUAAUAAUAAUCAAAAUUUAAAUCAAAACAAUAAUAACAAUAAUAAUAAUAAUAAUAUUAAUAAUAAUAAUAAUAAUAAUAAUAGUAAUAAUGAUAAUAACAAUAAUAAUAAUAGGCCAGCUAGAGGUAGACCAAAGACAAAUGGAUCAAGAUCAGAAGAAAGAAAAAGAAUUCAAUUACAACAAUAUAUUCAGGCUACUCAAGGUUCAUCAACAACAACAUCAGAUCCAAAUAAUCAAAAUAAUCAAAUUAAUCAAAUUAAUCAAAAUAAUCAAAAUAACCAAAAUAAUCAAAAUAAUCAAAAUAAUUCUUUGGGUGAAGAAGAAUUUGGUGAAGAAUUUGAAGAAGAAGAAGAAGACAUGGGUCAACCAAAAAAGAAAACAAAAUAUAAAACAAGUAAAAAAAGUGUACCAAAUCAUUUAGAUAUUAGACCAUGUUGGUUUGUUGGAUGUGUUAAAGCAGAUAGAUCAUUAAAAAUAUUAAGACCAUGUUUAAUUCCAACAUGUAAAACUCAUGCAAUAAAGAGUGAAGUGAGAAUUUCAGAAGCAUUAAGAAGAGGUGAUUUCGUUAAUGAUGAAUCGAGUGGAGUAAAAGAUAAAGUUUGUGGCAUUUGUGGUGAUAAAAAAGAUUUACAUCAUUGUGGUAACAAUGGUUGUGCAUUUGGUUUUUGUAAUGAUUGUGUUGAAAUUGCAGCCAUGAAACAUAAUAAUCAUCCAAAUGGUAAUAAAUGGAUUUGUUGGGUUUGUCAAUUCGUACGUACAAAAGCAAAAGAAAAAGAAAGAACUCGUUGGGUUAAAGAACAAUUAAAUCCAGGUUUAACCUCAAUUAGUAGAAAAUUCCGUAGAGGUCCAGAACUUGAUAUGGCUCAAGCUCAAUUUUUACAACAACAACAACAACAACAAACUUCACCAAAUGAAAAAAGAUCAUCACAAUUUAAUUCAAAUAAUUCAAAUAAUAAUAAUAAUAAUAAUUCAAAUAAUAAUAAUAAUAAUAGUGGAUUUGAUCCAUCAGGUUCACCAAAUAAUCAACAAAAUCAAAAAAGAUUAAGAAAGAAAAUUAAUGCAUCAUCAGAUAUUUAUGAAACUAGAAAGUAUACUAAAAAGAGAAAUGAUGAAGAUAGUGCACCACCAUCACCAACAUCAAUUAUUGGUAAUUCAGUGAUGGUUGGUAGUAGUGGUGCUGCUGGUGGAGGUAUUAUUAAAAAUACAACGGUUGUGGUUGAACAACAGGGUUAUUCAGCAACACCACCAUCACCAAAUACAUUAAUGGUACAACAACAACAACAAUUACAACAAACUCAUCAACAAGCUCGUUUAUCACAACAACAAGCUCAACUUCAACAAUUGAAAGCAUUACAACAACAACAUCAACAUCAACAACAAAAUAAUGGUAAUUUUAAUAAUUUAAUUGAAUCAGUUUUAUCACCAAAUAGAGAACCAUUGAAUCCAAUUGAUAAUUUCGUUGAUCAAACUUUUACAGCAGUUAAAUUCUUUUCAACAUUAUCUCAAAAUCCACCAGAUGAAAUUAAAGAACGUAUUGAUAACUUUGUUGAUUUAAUGAUGAGAAUAAAAACUGUACGUUGGGCAUCAGAUUAUGGUUUAGUUUGGAGAAUGAUUGAAGAAUUAUCAAAUUUAAUAAAGAGAAAUUUAUUAUCAUCACAAUCAGUGGUUGAGAUGUAUUCAGAGUUGAAAUCAUUGGAAGAGGGUGCCCUUGAAAAUAUGACAACCAACGCUCGUAAUGUACCAUUGGAAAGAGCAAUCACAAUGGUAUUUGAAAAUCAUGAAACUGCAGGUUUAAUUGGUAAAGAAUGUUGUUCAACCAGAAAUGCUUUAAUCUAUUCAAUUGAAGUUGCUUUACGUGCUAUCGCCGAUUAUCAACAUGAUCUCGAGGAUAAUCUCAUGGAGGAAAGUCUUAGAAGUAAUAAAGUUAGCACAGAGAUUGAACAAAUUGAACAUCAAAUCAAAGCAAACUUGGAUGAAAUUCAUAAAUUUAAAUAUCAAGAGGUAGAGCUAUUAGAUUCAUUAAGUAAAGUACGUGGUGCAAUUGCAGCUCACGAAUCAAUUCGUGAUACUCUUCAAAAGAAAUCAAGUGAGCUAAAAGUCGAUAUGUUAUUAAUUAAAAAUGGUAUCUCUGACAAAGAAAAGGAGACAAAAUCUCAACAAGCCACCCUAGAGAAUGAGAUUUACGCUCUCAAGUUAUUGAUUACAAUGGUUGAAUCAAUCUAUUGGAUCCAUGAUUACUUUUAUGAAUCAAGAGUUGGUGAAUGUGAAAAGUUAAUCAAUAAUAAACUAUCACAACUUCAAAAUAAAUUGGAGACACAAAUACCACAUCCACCAAAUGCUUUGGAUAAUGCAAUUCCAAACACUACAACCACAGUAAUGGGCGAGGAUGGUCAACCUGUAAUCGUUCCAACCACAGUUGAUAUAAAGAAUAAAUUUAAAACCAUUGCAAUCUAUCACAAGAUUUGCAUGCAACAUAAAGUUCCAAACUUUCAUUUGGAGAAACCUGAUCGUAUUCAAGUCGCUGUCAGUUGUAUAAACGAGUUUGCAAGCAAUCCAUUGGUUGAUAUCUUUGACAAUCCACCAGAGGUCGAUAUGCGUUAUGUUAUGGCCGUCCACGAUGCAAACUAUAUUAAAAAGUUGGAAACUAGUUUACCACCAGAGAAUUCAGAGUUUGAAACUCAUUUGGAGAGUGAUAAAAGUGGUGCUAUGGUUACUGUUGCCUCUCAUAAAGAUUUCGAGGGUGAUGAUGAUAACAUUUACGAUACCUUUGUUUCACAUCGUUCCAUUAAAGCCGCAUUGAGAGCAAGUGGUUCAGUUUGUGCCGCCGUUGAUUCAGUUAGUCGUUCUGGUUAUACUCGUGCUUUUUGUGCCAUUCGUCCACCUGGUCAUCAUGCUGGUCGUUAUGGUAGAACAAGUGAUGCGCCAUCUCAAGGCUAUUGUUUAAUCAAUAACGUUGCCAUUGGUGCCAAGUAUGCUUCAUUGACCGCCGGUUAUAGUAGAAUUGCUGUGGUGGAUUUCGAUGUUCAUCAUGGUAAUGGAACUCAAGAGAUCCUAAGUGGUGAUGACAAUUUCCUCUUCAUUUCAAUUCAUGUAUGUGAUGAAAAACGUUACUUUUAUCCUGGUACCGGUCAAGAUGUUGGUGAUAUCGAUGAGGUGUCGGGUCAAUUCGAUGGUAACAUUUUAAAUAUUGGCUUGAAACGUAAUACAGGUUCCGCAGUUUUCCUUCAACAAUGGAUGAAUAAAAUCAUUCCAAGACUUGAAGCUUACAAACCACAAUUAAUCUUCCUUUCAGCUGGUUUCGAUGGCCAUAAAGAUGAUCCAACCAAUGGUUUGAAAUUAAAUGAAGAGGAUUAUUUCGUCAUUACUAAAAUGAUUAAAACUGUCGCUUUCAAAUAUUGUAAAGGUAGAAUCAUCUCUGUAUUGGAAGGUGGUUAUGGUAUCGAAAAAACAAAUUCAUUACAACGUUGUGUUAAUUCUCAUCUUAAAGCACUCAUCGAAGAUACCGAUGAGGAAAUUCAUCUUGCUAAUAUUUCCUAUGGUCAUUUCAGUGAAACUCAAGAAACUGCAAUUCCAAAAUUCAAUAUCAAUAAUUUCAUCAGUAAUCCAAAUAAAAGAGGAAAGAAAAAUAAUUUAAAUACAAUUAACUUUAUUAAUAAUAAUAUGAAUAAUAUUAAUAAUAAUAUUACAAAUUCUUUAAGUAAUAAACAAUUAGAAAGACAAAAACAACUUCAACAACAACAACAACAAGCUCAACAAGCACAACAACAACAAUCUCCACAACAAUCUCAAACUAUUGAAAAUACCUCAAUAACAACUACAACUACAACUACUAGUACAACAACAACUUUAUCAACUAGUGAUAGUGAAUCUAAUAAUAAUAUUAAUAACAAUAAUAAUGAUUAUAAUAAUAAUAACAAUAAUAAUAGUAAUAAUAAUAAUAAUAAUAGUAAUAACAAUCAACCAACAAAUUUUAAUUCUUCAACAUCUUCACCAAUUUUAUCAGGUAAUAAUAAUAAUAAUAAUAAUAAUAAUAAUAAUAAUAAUAAUAAUAAUAUAAAUAAUAAUAAUAAUAAUAAUAGUAAUAAUAAUAAUAAUAUGAAUACAUCAAACCCAACCAAUCAACAAAGUUCUGUAAUUAUUUCUGAUGACAUGGAUGAUGUACAAACAAAUUCUAAUCCACCAAACCCACAAUAUCCACUCUCACCAAAUUCUGUAAAUAGAGGUAAUAAUCCAAGCAACAUUAGUAUGUCAGGUGCUCAACGUUCAGCCCCUUUAAUCAUUUCACCAAAACCCUCAAAUUCUCCAAAUUCACCAUCAACUUCAAAUAACAAUGGAACUCCUCAAAAUAUUAAUAAUAGCGAUAACUAA